CAGAAACGAAUCUUGCGUUCGGCCGGUUCCUGAACCCCGCGACCUUCGGACGCGGGUUUCCCCCCAUAACGUUUUCGAAAUGCGCCCCCCUAAAAAACGGCGAGUCCUGCCGGAGGAGAGGACCUGGUUAUCGCGUUAAUCGCGUCUUGUGCUUUCCUCGAGCAGUAUAUCCUAUCCCAGCAAAUUGUUGUGAAAUUGUGCUUUUGUCACUAGCUUGGGCUUACAUUUUAUCCAAUCAAGAUGACGACACAUCUAAUUAUGUCCAACCCAUGGAGUCAAAACAACAAUUUACAGAACAAAAAACUCCUCAAUGAAAAGAACUCAUACAUAAUACAAGAUUUGUUUAAAAUAGCUGCUAAAGAACUGCGAGAAGAUGAUACUGUCCGAAGGCAAUGCCUGGCCCAGCUGAGAGAGUGGAUUAAACAAAAUCCCGACAUUGAAAAUUGCCUCACUGAUGAAAACUUUCUACUUCGGUUCCUUCGAGUGAAGAAGUUCAGCAUUCCGAUGGCACAACAAUGUCUUCUAAAGUACUUAAAUUUUAGAAAAAGGUUCAAGUACUUCAUGUAUGAUAUGGACUACAAAGAUCCUAAGGUUAAUGAGCUUAUAACCAACGGAUACAUUUACGCUAGCCCAAUCAGAGAUUCUAAAGGCAGAAGAGUAAUAAUUUAUGAUUUAAGUAAAUUCGACCCUCACAAAUACAGUAACGCAGACAUGACCAGAGCUCAUGUGAUAACUUACGAGACUCUUCUAUGCGACGAUGAAAAUCAAAUAUUGGGGGUGAAUCAUGUGGCCGACGUUUCUUCAGUCAAUCCAGCAUUUGCUACUCUGUUUUCGGUCAAUGAAUUCGCCACCUUGGUGAAAUGGGGAGAGCAAUCCAUGCCACUUAGACACAAGGAAAUUAAUUUCAUCAAUUUACCAACUGCUUUGGUAUACGUGUACAACUUCGCAGUGUCCAGAAUGAGCCCUAAAUUGAAAGAAAGAUGCAAGAUACACUCAUCUAUGAAGGAUAUCGUAAAGCACGUGGACAAACAGUGUUUGCCGCUUGAGUUUGGCGGAGAUAUACCCAGUCAAACUAUGAUCGAGCUGUGGAAGGAGGAACUGGCUGAGAAAAGGCAAAGGUUGUUGUCAUUUGACACGAUGAAUUUAAUCAGUGCGGCUGGAAUAAUCACCAGUAAAAAUUCACCCACAAAUGAUGACACUGGAAUCGGAAGUUUGCCAGGCAGUUUCAGAAAAUUAGAGUUAGACUAAGUUGCUUGAAAAUUUAUUAUGUUAAUUGGUUAAGGCUUAAAAAAUACCAAUUGUUCAAAAUUAAGACUUAAGUAUUUUUAUGUAAGAUGAAUUAUAAUGUGAUUAUAAAAUUUAGAUUUAUCAGUAAUUACGAUUUGUAGAAAUUUUAUAUAAUGUAAUGUAGGUAAUAUAAGGAUUUAGAAUUUUAAGUCAGUUAUACCACAAUAUCAUCACAUUAGAAUUUGGUAACUUAUAUUAUCCCAAAUAUAAAUUGUUAAUUAUUGAAUUAAAUUUAAAUUAAUAAUUUAGAAUUGGUUAUUCUA